AUGAGCGGAGGAAAGGUGGAUAUAAAGGUUGUCCUUCUUGGAAAAGCAUAUGCAGGGAAAACCAGUCUGGUGGAGCGCUUCAUUCAUAACCGGUUUCUUGGAGAUACUGUCCCAUAUCAAAAUACAAUUGGUGCAGCAUUUGGUGCCAAAACAGUGACAGUCAACAAUAAAAAUGUGAUUGUUGGAAUAUGGGUAACCAUGAGCAGAAUCUAUUACAGAGGAGCAAAGGCGGCCAUUAUUUGUUACGAUCUCACAGACAAGUCUAGUUUUGACCGGGCCAGAUUUUGGAUCGGAGAACUGCAGAAACAUGAAGAGGUUCUUUCCAUUUUUUUGUGUGCACAUUCUGCUACAGAUAGUAUAUUCUACAGUCUGUCUCUAGUAUCUGUGAUUAUAGUGAUGCAGAGUAGUUUCCAUUUUCU